AUGGACUACCAAAACCGCGCCGGCUCCAAAUUCGGCGGCGGCGGCGUCGCCUCCUUCAGCGCAACAAACGCAGACCGCCGCGAGCGCCUCCGCAAGCUCGCCCUCGAAACGAUAGACCUCGAUAAAGACCCUUACUUUUUCAAAAACCACGUCGGCUCCUUUGAGUGCCGCCUCUGCCUCACAGUCCACCAAAACGACGGCUCCUACCUCGCCCACACCCAGGGCAAGAAACACCAGACCAACCUCGCCCGCCGCGCCGCCCGCGAACAAAAGGAAGGGAAACAAAACAUUGACCCGGCCACGGGCUUGCCCGUCGGCGUCGUCGGCGCGGGCUUUGGGGCGCCCCGGAGGAACCUCAUCAAGAUUGGACGGCCCGGCUACAAAAUCACAAAGAUUCGCGAUCCCAUCACCCGCCAGCAAGGCCUCUUGUUCCAGCUGCAGUACCCAGACAUCGCCCCCGACGUGGAGCCGAAAUGGCAGGUCAUGAACGCCUUUACGCAGCGCGUCGAGGAGCCCGACAAGAAUUUCCAGUAUCUCCUCGUCGCGGCCGAGCCCUACGAGACAUGUGGCUUCAAGAUCCCCGCGCGCGAGCUUGACAAGCGCGAUGACAAGCAGUUUAGCUUCUGGGACCCGGAUGCCAAGGAGUAUUGGCUGCAGGUCAUGUUCAUGUCGGAGCGCGAGGAGAGGUAUGUUGCGGCGCCUGGUACAAGAAGGUGA